CCUCAUCCGAGCAGCAGGGGGCGAUGGUGCUUCAGCUCUUCGUAAAUGGGCCUCCUGGCUCGGGUAAAACCACGCUUGCUAAAAUGCUGUGCGAGGAGUUCAACCUUGAAUUUGUCGCGACAGGGGAGCUGUUGCGGGAGAACAUGAAGAUGCAGACAACGGCAGGCCGCAGAGCCCAGCGCUGUAUUGCUGCGAACAAGCUAGUCCCUGAUCGCGUGGUGCUCGACAUGAUGGAAGCCAAGGUUGCGAGCUGCACAGCGCGCGGUCGUACAGGUUGGGUACUGGACAGCUUCCCACGCACGACUGACCAGGCCAAGUCGCUAAUUGCAAAGCCUCACCUCUGUCCUGCCGUUGUGAUUCUACUCGAGCUAUCCCAAGAAGACUGCACUGGCCGUAUCACUGGCCGUCUCUUCGAUCCUGUGACGGGUGCAAUCUUCCACUCACCAAACAGUCUUCCGCAAGACCCGGUAGUUCGUGCGAGGCUCUCGAGACGGCGAGAUGAUACCAGUGAGUGUCUUGAGCCUCGAUUUGAGGCGUAUCGGACUUUCGGAGAGGCGACAAACGAGAUCUUCGUUAGCUGUCAGGCCGUAGUGCAUCGAAUUGACGCCUCCAUACCAUCGGCCGCAUGUGUAGAAAACGUCUCAGCGCUGCUCCAUUCGCUGGUGACAAAACCUCAAAAAAGGUUUCCCUUUUGCAGUAGUAACAACAACAACCAGGAAAACAACAACCAGGCUCAGAGCACUGAUAAUAAGAAAGCUGUGCAUCCUCAACGUCCACAGACCAUUCACGAGACACCGGAUAAGGACGACGACAUGCAGAGAUACCAGUACGAUUGGGAAGACGAUAAUUCAACUGUUCUGCCCCUACCCGUUCUCUCAUCAAAGCUAGGCACUUCAACUGAACGUAAAUCUCUUCCUCCUCCUCCUACUCCUCCUCGUGUACCAAUGCUACGACCGCUACCGACACCAACAGACAGACUAAAGACCCUCCAAGGAUCCAGCGAAGCCGUAAACUCACCCAUUCAGUCUGUGAUAGUGCGCGACUCGACCAGUGUUCGAAGCAGUAGUGGUAGCAGCGUUCAGAGUAACAUGAGCAUAACAAGCGUGGAGACAGCGGCUGCGUCUGUUGACAUGGACACUUUCAAGGAGCUGCUCCUAGACGGAUUCGAAGCCGUAAAACACGGUCGGCGUGGUCGACCACACCCGCGACUCAUCUUCACCGACCUUGAAUUCAAACGAGUUUUCUGGCAGAAGGCUAUGGGUCCAGCCGAUCGAGUAGGGAAAGGCAAACACGCGCGUCUGGAGCAGAGUAUUGUCGUCGGGGAUGUGAUUCAAGUCGCGCGUGGUAUGAAAACGGAUGUGCUCAAGCGAUCCGGCAAUGUUGCACGUUAUGAGUGUUACGUAUCUCUGGUCACGCCCAGACGUACACUGGACUUAGAAUUGCCAACCCCCCAGUUAGCCGACUUCCUGCAGCGAGGGUUCGAACAGCUUUUGCAUCUCUGA